AAAAGAAACCAGCUCCUCCUCCUAUCAUCCUCUUCCUCAACCCUCCCUCAGGCCUCAUCAUUAUAUAACACUAGGAUCAGAGCUGCUUGACAAACACUCACACCUUGCAAACAGCUGCACGCAACCAGGUGGAGAGCUCCAAGCCACCAGCAUGGCCUACUGAUCGCUCUCUCUCUGCUCAUAUCAUUCAGGCUUCAUCCAAGUGAUCGGAACCCUGUGCGGCGGCGGCGGGCCGGCGGUACGGUGACGAUGAGCAGGAACAACGGCAAGGCGUCGAAGCUGGAAUUCCUCAGGAUGGGCCUGUCGAGGGCGAGGGGCGGGCCUUCGACGACGGCGCGGCCUGGCGGGGAGAGCGGGAACGCCGGCAGCACGACGUCGCCGCGCCGGGUGUCGUCCUCGUCGUCGUCCACCGCGUCGCCGCCGAGCUCGUGCGUGUCGUCCGAGGGCAGCCCAGACGCGCCAGUCGUCGCAGGCGGCGGCGCGGCGCCCAUGGUCCUGGCCGGGUGCCCCCGGUGCAUGAUGUACGUGAUGCUGUCCCGGGAGGACCCCAGGUGCCCCCGCUGCCACAACGCCGUGCUGCUCGACUUCAACGACGGCGACCAGCGCCGCCCGCGUCAGCGCCGGUGAAAGUGAAACCACCCACGUACGCGCGGUCCAGCUGAAAUCUAUCGGAUUCGAAUAGGCUGCUGCUGAGCUGAGUUCGUUGCUGCCUUCAAGUCGUCGUCGUCGUAUCGUAGUAGCUUAAUUUCCCAUUCGCGAUCGAGUUUGUUUCGAUUACCAAAGGAAUUAUUGCAUAGACCUGUUCCUUCCGACCGGCACGGUGUCAAAGGGAUCGGUCUAGGUAAUAAUUUCAUGCUUUGUUAGACAACAACAAUAAUAAUUUCGUGUUCCUUUUGAUAUAAUCUA